AAGGUUUAGCACCCUGCCUACAGAGCCGCUCUCUCUCCUGUCUCUAUCGCUCUCUCUCUUUCUCUCAUCUGUCUCUCCAUCGGUCUCUCCCUCUAUUCUCUCUCUCUAUUCUCUGUCUACAUUGAGCUCCCUGGUUGCGCUCACUCACAGACAGUGUCUGUGUCAGACUGCUGCGUGGUCUGAGCUGGAGAUCCACUCUGUGCUGUUGCCUGGCUGUAUUUGAUUGUCUGUCUGUAUCACUGCUGCUGUGACUGUCUCUGAGCUUCGUUAGCUGCUGUUAGCUGCUGUCACCCGGGACAGGGGGCCUGUCAUCUGUGUGUGUUCCGUCUGUCUUCAGCCUCCCUACAAGUAUGUUCCGGAACCCAUGGAUCACUAAUUAUCUCAGCCAUGUCAAAUACGGUUUCGAUGGGCAAGGCUUUGGAACUGAAGCUCCAGUCAAACUCUGCACUUCAACCUCACUGCCAACUGAAGCUCUAAGCUUUCAGAACUACUUUUCAUUCAGGGACAGGACUGCGCUGGUAAGGAGUGCUACUGACAUCGAUGCCAGUCUUCUGGCAGUCCUUCCCAAAGUUUCAGAAUUAAAGAAACAUUUUGAAAGUGUUGUCUCUAUUGAUUUGGAAAUGAACAGGAAGGAGAGGAUAGCCAGGCGUCUGGAGGGUAUCGAGAGUGAGGUUCCUCCUGCCCUGACGCCCAGCUGUGUCGGCCUGGUGGUCAACCGUAUCCUGGAGGAGGACCUGCCACGAUACACCCGGGCCUCAGACCCCUGUGAGCAAAUCACGGUGAAAUGUUACAGCAGAGAAGACAUUGAGAUCCCACCGAUGCAGGUGUCCUCCCCAGACAGACAGUCCAGGGACAGACCGGGGGACCAGCCUGGACCAGCCGCCCACCCCCACACAGAGCCUGUCCUAUCCCCCUCUGGUGGCCCAGUGGACCCAGCCAGCCUCAGCUCCAAGGCUGAACGGAUUGCCCGCUACAAAGCCGAGCGCCGUCGCCAACUCUCUGAGCGUUACGGCAUCGUCCUGGAUCAGGAGAUCAACAUGGACUACACCCCCCGUUACUCGCGCUCCCGUAGAGAGUCUGACGUCUCCGACAGAGGGGCCCCAGCAGUCACCGAGCGUAGGAGAGAUAGAGAGGAGGUGGAGGAGGGAAGAGAAGGAGGGAGGGAGAGUUCUCGCAGGGCUCCCUACAGCUCCAGACUGGGCCGGGUCUUCAUGCAGGCUCACCCUGCUGAGGCUGACCAAGCUCCUGCCCCAGGCCACGGCUCUGCCCAUACCCAUGCCCCUCCGUCCACCUUGGAGAGGGCCAGCACUAUCUCGGAGAGGAUGAUGAAUCUGGAGAACUAUCGGCUGGCCCAGGAGAGGACAAUGGCAGGAGGGCCCAGAGGAGCCAGUAGUAGGCCACAGGAUACCCUCCAUACCCAACCCCAGCAGACCCUUCCCAAGGCCAGCCCUCUGGAGCAGCAUCUCAGCCCCCCUUCAUCCAGGGCCUCAUCCAGGGAGUCUUACAGCGUGGAUGCCGUCCCCAGCUCCCCCCUAACAGCCCGCCGAGUCUCCCUGCCCUACGGCAUCUCCCCCAGGGACCUGUUCAUCGAACAGCAGGCUCAGGCCAUCCUCAGCAGACAUGGCCUGGCAGCCUUGUCUCAGAGCGACUGGUCUCUCCAGACAGACUCCGAAGGUGAUGCUGUCUCUGAGUCUCUUAUCAGCUGGCCAUCCAGAACCAGAGUAAGAGAGAGAAUGUCAAAAGAUGACAGUGGGGUCCAAAUGGUCCCAGCAGAGCGGGUUCUGGCUCCAGAGCCCCGAGUGAACAGACAGCGUGAUCGGACUCACACCACCACAGCUCACCACCUGUCCCAGCGCGGUCACAGCUCUGACCCUGCCACCUAUCAAAAGACAGCCCCCUCUCAGCCCUCCCAGCCUGCCUACAUCCACAUCCCAGACCACCACGCCUCAGUACCACACACCCACACAUCAGGCCCUGCCUUGGGCCACCACAGUACCCACCAGCGAACCCCCAUGGGCCCCCCGGUGGUGGAGGUGGUGCCCCCGAGAAGGAAGGUCAGUGCCGACCAAAUCUACACGACCCAGAGGGAGACCCACAGGGAGGGCAGGCAGGCGCUGAGAGAAGAGGUCCUCACUGAGGGUCUGCUAAAGAGCAGGAAGGCCUUGCUGCCCUCGGAGAUCCGCCGCAGGGAGAAGAGCGUGGACGACCCCCACAGAGGGGAGCCCCAGCUGGUCCCAGGUAACCGCCAGGACGACUCUGCCACCUCAACCGGCAUGGAGUGGGAGAGCAAUGGCAUCGGAGGGGGGAGAACCAGUCGGGAGGACUCAAAAGAGUGGGAGACUAGGCCUCAGGACAGGGUCCAACAGCAACCGCAGCACUGGUCCAGCCACAUCCAGGACACAGAGGAGACAGGUCCAGCCAGGCCCAUGGAGAUCUCUUCCCACGCCCAGUCCAGACAGCAGCCCCUCCGCCAGCAGAGCCAGAGUCAGCCUGGGCAACAUAGAGGCAGUGACUCGGCCGUCUACCGCCAGAGUGGCGCCUCCCUCCCCCAGGCCAAACCCAGUAGCAUGGAGCUAGCUGAGCCGCGCAGGCCCCCCAAGCCCAAGGUCCGCACACGCUCCAUGUCCGACAUCGGCGUGAGCCAACGCCCAGCUGCCUACAGGAGCAUGGAGAGGACAGCAGCCCAGCUGGCCAGCGAGGGAGGGGUGGCGAUGGGGGUGCUGCCCAACGUGGAGGUGGGAGCCCUGGACACCAGGGUCUCUGUGGCCCAGCUCCGACACUCAUACCUGGAGAACGCCAACAGGAAGCCAGAGCUGGAGCUGACUAAAGUAGAGCUAACUGCUAUGGAAGUAGAUCCGGCUGCUGGGAGCGCUGAUCGGGGGCGUGUUGCAGCAAGGAGGCCGCGGCGCUACAUCACCCCAGGAGACAACCGCAAGUCCUCUGAGAGGUUUAGCACCCAACCCAUCACCUCUGCAGAGUGGCUGGAGUUUGAUAGGUCUCAUCUGCCUCCAACAGAGCUACAGAACCCAGAAGCUGACGAAGACAAGCUUGAUGAGAGAGCUAAGAUGAGUGUGGCUGCUAAGAGGUCCCUUUUUAGGGAGCUAGAGAGGAUCACCGGUAGCGUUCCCAGACCACGGUCCCGUGACCCCGCCGUGGAGAGGCGUCUGUUACGAGUCCAAGACCGCUCGCACACACAGCCUAUCACCAACGAGGAAGUGGACAUCGCUCACACUGGCCCUGCUAUGUCCUCACAAACGGUGAUGGUCCACUCCACAGUAGCACCUAUCACCAGCCCCACUGUAGUCAGCACCAUCACAACCAGCUUGCAGGAGGCGUCACAGCAUGGCUCCAAGGUGCGGAGCAUGGGGGAGCAGGAGAGGGAGGCCCGGUCAAGGCAGGCAGGAGAAGGACCAGGGCCUGAGAGGAGGAUGGAGGACCUGGGUCCGGAUGAGCCUGACCUCUCCACUCUCAGCCUGGUGGAGAAGAUGGCCCUGUUCAACCAGCUGUCCAUGCAGCCCUCCAAGCCUGCCGCUAAGGGGGCUGGGGCCUCCAGGGUGGACACCCGCCAGCGUAGGGCAAACUCCCGCUUCCAGACCCAGCCCAUCACCCAGGGAGAGGUGGAUCAGCUGAAGAAAGGAGACAGGGUCAAGCUAGAGCCGCUGUCCGCUUCCUUGGUUCGCUCCGUGGCAUCUGUCACCUCACAGGUCUCGGUUGCCACAGUAACCACGGUGACCUCCGGCAUGGGUGACCACUUGGGGAAAUCUACGGCCGUCUCCUACAACCCCCCUGCCCCUGCCCCCACCACUACCACCCUGGACAGGGGAGGGGUGAGGUACUUCAGCCUGACCCAAGGUGGAGACUCCUCCAGUGUCCCUGAACCAGAUAUGUACUCCCCUGGCCUUUCCCUGUCAGAGCAGCAGCAGGCUCACAGCAGAGGAGACAGAGGAAGGGCUCCUGGAGCCGGUCGCUCGUUCACUGGCUACAGAGGGAGAGAGGAAGAGGAGGAGGAUGUAUCGGGAGGGGCCGGAGAGGAGAGGGAGAGCCGUAGUGGUCCUGGAGGCAGGGAGAGCAGAGAAAGCGGGCAGCAGCGGUAUCAGCCCACAGCACCAGAGCCCCAGAGCACCACAGCCCCAGAGCCCCAGCCCCAGAGCACCUCAGCCCCAGAGCCCCAGCUUCCUCAGGCUCAGCUGCGGCACGCCAGCGGUAGCCAUGGAAGGGACGCGGAUCACACCAGUGUGUCAUUGAGAACUGCCACAACAGUGGUGUCGUCCAGGAGUGUCUCUCACAGCGCCAGUAUCCAGCAGCAGCAGAAGAUUCAGUCUUUCACCCAGCUUCCCCAGACUCUGCCCCAACCUUACACCCAACAAUCCCCACAAACUCAACCCCAGCCCCAUCCCCAGCCUUACUCUCAUCCACCUCAUCCCUUCACCCAGGCACUUUCAGCCCAGCCCUACUCUCAUCCACCUCAGCACCAUUUCUUCACCCAGGCACUUUCAGCCCAGCCCCAGCCUUACUCUCAUCCACCUCAGCACCAUCCCUUCACCCAGGCACUUUCAGCCCAGCCCCAUCCCCAGCCUUACUCUCAUCCACCUCAGCACCAUCCCUUCACCCAGGUACUUUCAGCCCAGCCCAAGCCCCAGGAAAGGGAGAGGCGAUUCACCCAGCCACUACCCAAGCCCUAUACUCAGAUAACCUCCCAUACGCAACCCAAUGCCCAGUCCUUCUCCCAGCCUCCUCCGCCCCCUCCCCAGACCACUCCCCAGACCCUACCCGAGCCCACGUCCCUGGUCAAGUCCCAGUCCCUCCCUCUGGACAGCAGUGAAGUUUUCACAGGACACAGUGUGUCCGACCUCCUCUCCCCCGCCGAGACAGAGCUCUCAGACACGUCCGCCAAGCAGGUGUCCGUCAAGGAAAGGCUGGCCCUGUUGAAGAGUGGCGACGAGGACUGGAGGAAAAGGAUCAAUAAGAAACAGGAAGUGGUGAUUUCUGUGACUGAGAGACACUCCACAGUACAGGGAUGGGAGGCAGCACAGACCUACAAAAAGGAGGAAAGGAUGGUUAUUGAUGAUUUUGCUGCUGUCACUGUGUCUGAGCAGCUGUGGGAACCUGUCUUUUCCUCCACAUAUUCUCCUCCCAUCUCACUUGGCCAUAAGUGCCAAGUUAUUGACCCUCUCAGUCAGAGGAUGGGAAAGGAGAUGGAGAUCCAGGCUCAGAUGUCCAUAGAGGAGAGGAAGCAGAUCUCUACAAGGGAGGAGGCCUGGGAGUCUAAAGGUAAGGGCGUGGCCAACGACUCCACCCAGUACACUGUGACCGAACGCAUGGUCAAGAAAGGUCUGAUAGCCUCUUCCUCAGCCAUCAGCCCUAUGCUGUCUCCUGUCUCCACCAAACUCAAGAGCAGUGUGACUGGGUACAAACCUCAGGAGGAAAUCGAAGCCAGACCAGAGAUGAACUUGGAGUCGGAUAAAAAGCUGGGUAAAGUGGAGACCUUUUUGGGACGUCUGAACAGUGGAGUGACAGAUCUUCAGGAGACCACUCUGACAGUGACCGAGAAGGCUGUGAAGGAGGUGAUGAGGAUGGACGAUGAGAUCUUCUCCAAGUUCUACCGACACGUGGCUGACUUCCCAUGCAUGCCCAGCAGGAUCGAGAUCGACGAUGACUUUGAUGCCAUCUUUGGCACUCAGGCACCAAAGUUGACCUCAGCCUUAGCGCAGCACAAACGGGCAGUGAGACCGUCUAGGAACGUCCAGUCGUCUAAGAACCCUCUGAAGAUGCUGGCGGCCAGGGAGGACAUCAGACACGAGUACACUGAGCAGAGACUCAACAUCGGAAUCAUAGAGAGCAAGAGGAUGAAGGAUGAGAAGUUGAAUACUAGUACUCAGAUGUGCUCAGAUGCGGCCCUGGCUGGGCUGGCCAGUAAGGAGAACUUAAACAACGUGAGUCUGAGGAGCGUCAACAUCUCCGAGCAGAUGUCCAACAACAGCGCUGUGCCCUACAAGAACCUCAUGUUGAUGCAGGUCAAAGGCCGCCAUCACGUUCAGACCAGACUAGUGGAGCCCAGAGCCUCAGCCCUGAACAGUGGAGACUGUUUCCUGUUGGUUACUCCUCAGCACUGUUUUGUCUGGAUGGGAGAGUUUGCUAACGUUAUAGAGAAAGCCAAAGCCUCUGAGCUGGCCACGUGUAUCCAGACUAAGAGCGACCUGGGCUGCAGAGCGAGCCAGAUCCAGACCAUUGAGGAGGGGGUCAACCCCCAGAACCAUGCAGCCACAGAGUUCUGGAAGACCCUGAGAGGACAGCAGACCUACCAGUCCGCGGGGCCACUGGAGGAAGAUGAGCUGUUUGAGAGCGCCAUCGUGGAGACGAACUGUAUCUUCCGUCUGCUUGAUGAUAAACUGAUUCCCGAUGAUGAUCAGUGGGGGAAGGUUCCACGCAGCACACUACUGGAAUCCAAAGAGGUGCUGGUGUUUGACUUUGGCAGUGAGGUGUAUGUCUGGCAUGGUAAGGAAGUGACUCUGGCCCAGAGGAAAGUAGCCUUCCAGCUGGCCAAACACCUGUGGAACGGAACCUUUGACUACACCUGCUGUGACAUCAAUCCUCUGGACCCUGGAGGAUGUAACGCAUGCAUACCCUGGAAGGGCCAGGGGCGUCCUGACUGGGCCAUAUUCGGCAGGCUGACACAGCACAAUGAGACAAUCCUGUUCAAAGAGAAGUUUCUGGACUGGACAGACACUAAGAAACCACAACCAAAGAAUAGCAACCAACAAGUCACUGAGCAGAAGGAUUUGCCAGGGUGCGUGUGCAGGCCGUAUGAUGCAGCGUUGAUGCUUCCUGUACUCCAGACAGCUGUCAGCACGGUGUUGGAUGGGAUGAACGUGGGCCGAGGCCACGGCUCUGUAGAAGGAGAGGACAGGAUGAGGACUCUAGAGAUCACCACAGUGUCUGUAGAUGUCUGGCACAUCCUGGAGUUUGACUACAGCCGGCUGCCCCAGCAGAGUAUAGGCCAGUUCCAUGAGGGAGACGCGUACGUUGUGAAGUGGAAGUACACGGUGAGCGCAGCAGUUGGGAGGAGGCAGAACCCGGAGCUGAGGAGCGCGGGCCCAGUGAAAGAACAGUGCUGCUACUUCUUCUGGCAGGGACGGAACUCCACCGUGAGAGAGAAAGGAACGUCAGCACUGACGACAGUGGAGCUGGAGGAGGAGAGAGGGGCCCAGGUCCAGGUACAGCAGGGGAAGGAGCCUCCUUGUUUCCUGCAGUGUUUCAACGGGGGGAUGAUUAUACACGGUGGGAAGAGAGAGGAGGAAGAGGAGAACACGCAGACUGAGUGGCGUCUGUACUGCGUGCGGGGGGAGGUCCCUGUAGAGGGACACCUACUGGAGGUGGUCAGUCACUGCAGCAGCCUUCGCUCCAGGAGCUCCAUGAUCCUCGUCAACGUCAACAAGGCCCUCAUUUACCUGUGGCACGGCUGCAAGGCCCAGCAACACACACGGCUGGUGGGCCUCACCGCAGCUCAGAGGAUCAAAGAACAAUGUCCGUUGGAGGCUGGGCUCCACAGCAGCAGUAAGGUGACCAUUACAGAGUGUGACGAGGGAUCAGAGCCCACGGGAUUCUGGGAUGCUGUAGGGAUUAAAGACCGGAAAGCCUACGAUUGUAUGCUGCAAGAUCCGGGUAAAUUCAACUUCACCCCUCGGCUGUUCAAGCUGAGCAGUUCUUCAGGGCAGUUUGUGGCUACAGAGUUCUUCCACCCCUCCAGAGCUCCAGACAUGGUCAGCUCUCUGCCCUUCCUACAGGAGGACCUGUACCUCGCCUCCCAGCCUGCUCUGUUCCUGGUGGAUAACUUCCAUGAGGUGUACCUGUGGCAGGGCUGGUGGCCGCAGGACAGCGAGAACCCCGGUUCCACCAGGAUAAGAUGGGACAUGGACAGGAAGUGUGCCAUGGAAACGGUGCUGCAGUACUGCAAAGAGAAUAAUGAGAAGAAGCCUCAGAAGUCAUAUCUGAUCCAUGCUGGUCUGGAGCCUCUCACCUUCACCAACGUGUUCCCAAGCUGGGAGCACAGAGAGGACAUUGCAGAGAUCACUGAGAGGGAGGUGGAGGUGUGUAACCAGAUCAUCCUGGUGGAAGAUGUGCUGGCCAGGCUGUGCCAGAACACCUAUCCCCUGGCUGAGCUGUUGGCACGCCCACUUCCUGAGGGCGUCGACCCCCUCCGUCUGGAGCUCUACCUAUCAGACCAGGACUUUGAGAAAGCGUUGGACAUGAAGAGAGAGGAGUACGAAGGAUUACCAGGGUGGAAGCAAGUCAACUUAAAGAAGGCUAAAGGACUGUUUUAGUGUGAGUUAACCUGACGAUGGUUGUGGAGAGAAGAAGAAAUUCAACAACUCUUGGGGGACAGUGGAAGUUGAUCAAAUGCUUCUUUAUUGUAAGACCAACGUGUUUUGGCCUGCGUUUUGGCCUGCGUUUUGCCAUUCAUCAGGUUGGUUGUGAAGAGAAGAGGACACAGAGACCAAUGUAGGCCACCAGGCGGUGUUACCCAUCCAGCCCUUCCCAGCGGUGUGACUGAACAUCGCUGGUAGCUGGCAGCACUUUAAAUCGGAGGAUGUGAUCAUUGUUUGGGUGGAAUGGAAUCAAUGGAACCGUAUCAAACACAUGGGUUUUCAGAAGUUUGAUAAAAAUUUCAUUCACUCCGUUCCAGCCAUUUUUACGUGCGUCCUCCCCUCACCAGCCUCUUCUGCUGAACACACUCUCAGGGACGAUAAGUGGGAGAAGAGGACAGAGGCUGGGUUGGGAUCUGCUACGGUGUGCUAGCCUCAUGUAGCAUCAUGUUUUUUACCUUUUAAUUAUGUAACUAUGUAGGAAAAUGAAAAUCCUGCUUAGCACAUUUUCUCAGUGGCUUAUCAGGAACUGUACAAGCAGGACCUGCUCUUUCUCUCUGUGUCUCUCUCUCUCUCUCUCUCUGUGUCUCUCUCUCUCUCUCUCUCUGUCUCUCUGUCUCUCUGUCUCUCUGUCUCUCUGUCUCUCUGUCUCUCUGUCUCUCUGUCUCUCUGUCUCUCUGUCUCUCUGUCUCUCUGUCUCUCUGUCUCUCUGUCUCUCUGUCUCUCUGUCUCUCUGUCUCUGUCUCUGUGUCUGUGUCUGUCUCUGUGUCUGUGUCUGUCUCUGUGUCUGUGUCUGUCUCUCUCUGUCUCUCUCUGUCUCAUACUGUACUACUGUGUAUGUAGACACUGUGCUGUAAGUUUCCUAGAAGCACUUGCUAUGUCACCACUCCUGCCAUGUGAGUUGAAGAGGACUGUCAGCAACUCUGGGAGGUCAGUGGAAGUUGUUAAAAAUGCUGCUUUAUUGUUUAAAAUAAACUUAUUUGAAACGGCCCGUAGCCUUCAUCAGGGUUUUACACACAGAAAAAUGAAGAUGGCCGACAGAACUCUAUACCAUGGACAUCAUCAGACACACCGCUGUGGUCUCUGGCUUUGUGGUGUUUGUGAAGUCUUUCAUAGAAUGUGUAUUUACAGAUUCAUAAAGUAUUCAUACCCCAUGACUUAUUCCACAUUUUGUUGUGCCUGAAUUCAUAAUGUAUAAAAUAGAUACUGUUCUCACCCAUCCACACACAAUACCAUUGAUUUCAAAUGAAAUGCAGAAAUACACCCCUGAGAAUACUUUGUAGUGGCACCUUUUGCAGCUUUAAAAAAAUAUAUGUUUGUAAACAUUUUGAAAUAAAUCAUUUCACUUUGACAUUAUGGGGUAUUGUGUGUAGGCCAGGGACCAAAAAAUCUAAAUUCAAUCCAUUUUAAAUUCAGGCUGUAACACAACAAAAUGUGGAAAAAGUCCAGGGGCUGAAUACUUUCUGUAGGCAAUGUACGUCAAUGUAUGUAAAAAUGUAUUCAACUUGAAAGUUCUGUGUAAUAUCUGUCUGUAGGAACUUUUUUUUUUUUUUUUCUUGUCUACGAUAUCUCAAUAGGUGAUAACAUGCCAAGUAUGUACCUUUUGAUUCAAAUUCUCUGGUAUGGUACCUGGGCUGUCAUAAUGAUGUCUAAGCUUCACAGGUACCUGAGAAAUGUCAACGGUUGUAUUUUUAAAGGCAUGGAAUUCUUCAUGGGGGGAAAAAAGUGAUAUAUGUGAAUGUAUAGUGCCUUGCGUUUGUGUACAGUUUGUAUACAGAAAUUGUAAUCUGUGUUUUCAAAGACUUUAGUCAAUAAACAAAAUUGAAAAUCCCAAAAUCCAAA